UCUCGCGCGUUUUGAUGACGUUUGUGUGUUUCAACAGCUGAUUGAAAGAGGUCGCAGUUUAACAAACAGAUCACAACAAAAUAUACAUUUCGACGUCUUUGUGGUUUUUAAUUUUUUAAUUUUUACCGUUGAAAACCAAGACGUUUUCGGAAUGACAUAAUCGGUUUCAGGUUGUUCCGCUUACUUUGCCUUUCCUGUGGUGCAAUACAGUCCAACCAUGGAUAAGAUUUUGGAGGCGCUGGUCAGUUCCUCCCAUCCUCAGAAUGUCAAGCGGGCUAUCGUGAAAAAAGUGAUGGAGGCUGCAGAAAAGGAGGUGACGGAGGAGCAGUGCCAGGCCUUGUACCAUCUCACCACCCGCCUUAUUCUCCAGGGUGAAGAUGUUUUUCAGCGUCAGAUUGGUUUCCAAGUGCAAGAAGCAUACGCACGCUACCAUCGUGAUGAGUUUGCCCGCUUCUUCAGCAAGGAAUUUGUGCUUGGCCUUCUUCAACAGGGCUAUGGCUCUUUGGACCAUAGAGACCCUGCAAUCUUGGACUUCAUUCACAGUUCUCUCAGACUGCUCAUCAGCUGCCCGGCUGUGUUGGAACUGGCACCUCUGCUACAGACGGAGGUCCUACGCAUCAUCUGUGAACGGCCAGAACCAGCGACAUGUGCCAAGUUGGCCACCAUACUUACAGACUUCUCUCAGUGCAUCCCACGAGACAAGGCAGGAGUUCUGUUCUGCCAACAGCUUGUGCGCACCUUUGCAUAUUUUCACUGUCCUGCCAGUGAAGAGCGGGAGCUGCGGGAAUAUGUGACCCAGGUGAGCAGGGUGAGCGCACUUCUGCAGGUCAUCUGGAAGGCUGAGCCCACCACACUGCUGCCAUCACUACAGGAGGUGUUUUCCAUUAUCUCAUCCACAGAUCCUUCGUUUGAACCAUCUAUUGCUCUAGCAAGCCUGGUCCAGCACAUCCCUCUGCAAAUGAUCACAGUCCUCAUCAAAAGCCUCACCACUGACCAGAAUGUUAAAGAUGCAAGUAUGACACAAGCACUCUGCAGGAUGAUUGACUGGUUGUCAUGGCCUCUAGCUAAUCAUGUGGACACCUGGGUCAUUGCUUUAUUAAAAGGACUUGCUGCUGUUCAAAAGUUCACCAUCCUCAUAGAUGUCACACUGCUCAAAAUUGAACAGGUCUUUAAUCGUCUCUGGUAUCCCAUUGUGAGGCAGGGAGCGCUGGUUGUUCUUUCACAUAUGCUGCUUAGUUUCCAGCACUCUCCUGAAGCCUUUCACUUAGUGGUUCCUCAUAUAGUGCCACUUGUGAAGUCUUUAAAGAAUGAUGGCCUUCCGAACAGUAAAACGUUCUUACUACAAUUUGCUGAACUCAUUCAUUGCAUGAUGUACCAAUAUUCCGGAUUCCCAGACCUCUACGACAGCAUUCUUGAAUCCAUUAAAGAACUGCCUAAACCUAGUGAGGAGAAGAUCAAAUUUGUUCUGAACCAAAGUGCCUGGACAUCUCAGUCAAAUUCAUUUGCUUCAGGCCUGCUCAAGAUCACAGGCAAAUCAGAAACAGGGAAGACAGGACUUGUGAAUCUGGGCAACACAUGCUACAUGAACAGCAUCCUCCAAAUUUUAUUUAUGGCCACAGAUUUCAGGCGACAUGUUAUGUCUCUGCAAUUGAAUGGCAGCAACACGCUCAUGAAGAAGCUUCAGCUUCUUUUUGCUUUCUUGGCUCACACACAGAGAGCAGCAUAUUCACCAAGGAGUUUUUUGGAUGUUUCUCGACCUACUUGGUUUUCAGCCGGAUCCCAGCAAGACUGCUCAGAGUAUUUGAGGUUUCUGUUGGACAGGUUGCAUGAAGAAGAGAAGGCCCUUUCAGCCCUUCAGACGGCCAGCCCAAAACCAGAACCGGCAACCACUUCUCCAGAAACUCUCCACAAUGCUGUAAGCCCACCGAUCUCUGAUGUGCCAUCGCACCCAGAUCCUGCAGCAGCUCAAGGAGAAACCGGCACUCUAGUGGAGCGCAUGUUUGGUGGGAGACUCUCCACAGCAAUCCGCUGCCUGCAGUGCCACAGCCUAUCAGAGAAAGAGGAGCCAUUCACAGACCUCUCUCUUGCCUUCUGCCCCUCCAUGUCACAGCCACGGGGUCCCACUAAUGAGCACAAAAGCUCCUCUACUCUGGGACCCUGCCAGGGGGCAGUGAAUGGAGGCAGUGAAGCCUCCGAGGGCCCCGUCAAAGAAGGUGCAGCAAGCGGGAUGGAGAGGCCCAUGGUGGAACCAACAAUAUCUGUGCCAGAUUUAGUGGACUAUUUUUUGGCUCCAGAAAUUUUAGAGAACGAGAACUGCUACUUUUGCGAACGCUGUGCCUCACUGCAGAGGGCUGAGAAGGCUAUGCGAGUGGUGGCAGCCCCUGAAUAUCUCAUUCUGACUCUGUUACGCUUCUCUUACGAUGCCACCUGCCAUGUGCGGCGCAAGAUCCUGGACAAUGUGGGCAUUCCUCUGCACAUGUCCCUUCCUUUACAUCAACACAGUAGCUCUUCAUCUUCAAAUGUAGCUGCAUCUUCCUCAACCGAGUCUCCAGACAGUUGCGAGAAUCUGGCUAAAAAGCUGAAGCCUUCACAGAAAGAGGAAGGAAUUGCAGAAAGCAGAAUGAAGAGCAAGAAAAAUAACAGUGAUUUGCAGAAGCUCUCUGUGCCGUAUGUGUUGAGUUCUGUUGUGAUGCACUCUGGGAUGUCUUCCGAUAGCGGUCACUACUACUCGUAUGGAAGGAACGUGAGUAGCGAUGAUGGUUGUGUGGCUCACACGAGUCCCAAGAGCCUGGAUAAUUCUAGCCAAUCAGAGAGCUCGACAGCCCCACAGGAGGAAACGGGGCGUGCUGAUCCAAAGUCGGCGGACUGGUUCUUGUUUAAUGACAGCAGAGUGACUUUUACGAACUUUCAGUCAUUGCAAAAUGUCACAAGCCGCUUCCCCAAGGAUACAGCCUAUGUCCUGAUCUACAGGAAACAAGAGGUCAGUGGAGAAGCAAGCAAUUCAGGGCCGGUUGUAAAUGGCGCAAGGCUGAGUGGAGAGCCACCUCUGCAGAAAGAGCUGAUGGAUGCCAUUACCAAAGACAACAAACUCUUCCUACAGGAGCAGGAGCUUAACGCCAGAACUCGGGCUCUUCAAGCAACCUCUGCAUCCUGUUCAUUCAGACCCAAUGGUUCUGAUGACAACGAGCCUCCUGGCAGCUGCGGGCCAUCAGGUGGAGGUGGAGGAGGGGGAUUUAACACCAUCAGCAGACUAGUCUUUUAAAAAGAGUCACAGACGUACCCGCAGAGCACUGGACAGUCCCACUGACAACACCAGACUUAAUUUAUCCUCACAAUCUGGAUAAAUGUGCCACCUCAGAACAGAUAUCUUCUUUUUUGGGGGGUUUGCAUGCUUUUUCCCUUUACAUCCACUUGUUUAUCAGUGACGCAGUACUACAGGUCAGAAAUGGGCAUGCAAUAAAUUUGUAAAGAACACAAUGUUUGGUCAUAUCCUGGAAUCAUAAAUCAUUUUCUAAGCAGAUAAUGAACUUAAAAUUGAAACCAAUAUUUUUGGACCGUAUUAUACAGUGAACUAAUUGCAUGAAUUUCUUUUAAAUUGGAAGUUCUUCAGCUUCUGGUUUGGAGUAUUAGAGAUAAGACUGUUUCGUCAAUUAUUUAAUUGCAGUCAAGUUUUAUUUAAUUCAUUCAGGGAAAACUUUUUUGGAUUUAACUUUUUAAACAUUGAAGCUUUUUUGAGAGUUUUAUGUGCCUUUCAAUACUUCAGAUUUUACAGAGAUAUUGGACUGGGUAUACAAAACACUUUGCUCUUGCUGUACAGUGUAAAAAUAUAUAGUAAAGAAUCCUCGUUGAACACUGUCUGCUUUUAUAAUUUAAAGUACACACAUGAAUACAAUCUCUUGUCAUUUACUGGUUAAGACAUUUGACGAGACUGUACACAACAUUAUUUACGUUAUAAAAAGCACAUGUUCUUGGUUACAAGAAAGAGCAGCAUUGCAAUAACAUGCUGUUACAGUAGGAUGCAUAUUAUUUAAUGAAAGGGUUAGUAUUUAACCGUUUACACCAGGCUUAUUUUUAUAAACGAACACAUAAUGUAUUAAAAACAAACAUGCUUUAUAUUAGGGCUGCACAAUGUACCGUUUCAGCAUCGAUAUCGCAAUGUUUUUAUUCACAAUAGUCACAUCGUGAGUAUAUGCAUUGCUCAGUCUGAAUUAUAAAUUAUCAUUUCGGAAUUGCUUUUGGAGACCUGUGGCCAUGUGUGGGUUUUUAAAGCAUUCAGGCCUAAGAAAUUACCAUUUGUAACUUUGACAAAUUAAUAAGGACAGGGUUGUUUAUAAAACGAAGACUAUGCAGUAUUAAUUUACAUUUGAUUAUUCAAUUUCUGUAUAACUAAAUGCAGUGUGACUCAUUAGAAAACAGUCAAACACUGUUUAUUUAAUGGGUAUCUUUUUCUUUAUUGAAUUUAUCAAUGCUUGUAGAUUGUUUCUUGUAUCUGAUGCAUGUACUCCCCUACAGAAUCACCCCAAUCAAUUCUUAAAUCCCAGUUUUUCCAAAUUUCGUCCAAAUGGUCAUGUAAAUAAAAUUGUAUCCAUAUCAGAUUAUAUCACAGAAAUAAAGAAUAAAUAUUGCAAUUUUA